AUGGACCAGUGGAAGGCGCCUCUUGGUUUGUUAGGCGAGGACGUGCUGAGGCGGCUGUCGAAGAUGUUGGACAACUCCUCCUGUGGAUGGAGACAGUUGGCCCGAGUGAUGGCAGAAGACCCCAGAUUUCACAGCAGUGAGAGUGAGAUGACCCAUUACUCCCUCCAGGUAUUGAGGAACAUCGGAAGCCCAAGUCGAACUCUUCUGGCUCGACUUGCGGACCAGUCCUGUACCGUGGAGCUCCUCCUCUGGGGACUGAAGACAAUGGACCAUCACAAUGCAGUAGAAUAUCUUACACAAACAUUAUCCAGACAGAUUCAAAUUAUUACACAGCCACAAUCACAGCAAGUUCAAGCAGGGGCCAAAGUGACAUUGUUCUGCAGAGCCUCUGGUCCCCCUGGUCUCUGUUAUCAGUGGUUUAAAGGGAAAGAAGAGAUUUUGAAUGGUGUGUUUCCAAAGCUAGUCCUGUUCCCUUUCCAUUCUGCAAACCAGGGACACUAUAUCUGUAGAGUCAGCCUGGGGGGUAGCUGUGUCUUCUCUCUCUGGGCUCAUGUGCGUUUGGAAGCCUUCAGUGCAGGGUGUCCCAGUAGUUUUUUCUUUGGCUCAGUGAGUGGGCUGAGAAUCUCCACACAGCCUCAGUCCCAGGCCUUGACAGAGGGAGAAACUUUACUGCUUGAAUGCCGAGCUGUGUCCAAUCCUCCGGCCCAGUACGAGUGGUACCAUAACUCUGAGCCAUUGAAACUACACCAGACACACUCACUCAAGAUUCCAUGUGUGACCACUGCUCAGAGAGGAAAAUAUACAUGUAAGGCAUUUAACUUGUACCAUAAAGUUUGGAGUGAAGAGGCAGUUGUGACCAUCGGUCCUAUUUCCACUGAUGCAUCAUGGGUUGAAACUGAUGCACGAAGUCCUCCUUCUGUUGUUGAGACACAGGAACCAGAUGACAGGCAAAGGGAGUCGGAAAAGUUUGCAGUUCAAAAAACUGAGACUCCACAUCCACCUGUCGAACAGUUUUAUGCCACAGACAAAGUUGCUCUGUUGAUUGGCAACAUGAACUAUGCACAUCACAGACAGUUGUGUGCUCCCAUCGCUGACGUGCACGAGCUGGCCAACCUCCUCCGUCAGAUGGACUUCAAAGUGGUGUCGUUGCUGGACCUGAACUGGCACGAGAUGCACAGCGCAGUCACAGGGUUCCUUCUACUGCUGGACAAAGGAGUCUAUGGCCUUCUGUACUUUGCUGGCCAUGGAUAUGAGAACUAUGGAAACAGUUUCAUGGUUCCCAUCGACGCCCCGGCUUCAUGCACCUCAGAGCACUGUUUGUGUGUUCAGAAUAUCCUCACCAGGAUGCAAGACAAGGAGACGGGACUCAAUGUGUUUCUGCUGGAUAUGUGUCGUAAAAGAAAUAUACAUGACGAUGUCCUGGUACAAACUGGAUUACUCAAAGUGACGGCAAACAUUGUUUUUGGAUAUGCAACGUGUAUAGAUGCUAGAGCAUAUGAAGUGAAAAAUGAGGAAGUUUCUAAUGGUAUAUUUAUAAGAUUCCUCAAACAAAGAGUUUGUGAAGAUGAGAAGGUAACGGUCAUGCUGGACAGAGUAGCUGAAGAUAUGGGUCGAUGUAGAAUUACUCACGGUCGUCAGGCUCUAGAGCUCCGGAGUAACCUGUCUGAACGCCGUUGUCUCACAGAUCACAUACAGACAGAGCAGUGCUCCGAAUCCUACUCCGCUCGCACCCUGCACUGGACUGUUGCUCAUGUGCUUCCUAAAAGCCAAACACUACACUUUGACUGUGGGGUCAUAGUUCAACUGGGAUUUGCAGCAGAAUUCUCCAAUGUCAUGGUCAUUUACACUCGGAUCCAGAAAAAACCUGCAAAUAUUAUUAACUGCUCUGCUCAACUUACAGAUUUCCCUGUGGAUGUGGAGAUAGAUCUGAAGAAAACCAACCAGGAUACACCGCUUGAGGCUGGAAGUUUGUUAUUGAUCAAAGAAGAACUUCCCACAGAGGCCCACAGUCGGUACACACGUGUCUUUGGGCUGCAGAGACUCAAGAAGGAGCUUGUUUUCACAGUUUGUCUUCAUUAUACCUAUUCAAACCUCGAUGAAGAAAUUCAAGAAAAUCAGACCGUGACAGCUGGAAAACCUCUGGUCUCCAAACUCAAUCUUUAUUCUUUCAGUGGUCCAACUUCAGAUGCAACAGCUUCAGGUGUGGUUUCUGUAUGUGAUGCUAAUCAACCACAAGAGGCUACCUUUGAUGAGUUGUUGGAUACCCCUCAGCCCCUCAUUUCAGAGUAG